AUGAAUAAUUGCACGGGCAAUUAUUCUGCACGACUGCGCAGUCGAACGAAGCAACCAGUUUAUACUUCAGAUAAACGAGCCAAAUUUGCUCAACGAGAGAAUAAAAAAUGGAUUCGGUUCGUCACUGUACUUGGAUAUAUUUUCUUCGUCUCCCUACCGGCAGUAUCUCUUAGUGUCUACUAUAUCUACAUAUGGGAUCCAGGAUACAUAAACAAGUUUCCUCCAGAAGUGAUUAAUAGCUCACUUCCAAUCCACAAGGCUGCCAUUCUCUCGACGCGGCUGGAGAGAAACGCUGAUCCUAUGGCCAUGUCCUCGUUAACACCUCAUCCUAUCUCGAGCCUUGAAGGGGCAUCAGGCCCACAGUCUCUCGCGUCCGAUUCUCCGCACAGGCCAGAUUUGGCAGCUAUAUUGGCUGAA